AUGUUCUCAGUCCUCUCGUACGGGCGGCUGGUAGCCCGCGCCGUGCUCGGCGGCCUCUCGCAGACCGACCCCAGGGCCGGCGGCGGCGGUAGCGGCGGCGGCGACUACGGGCUGGUGACGGCCGGCUGCGGCUUUGGCAAGGACUUCCGUAAGGGCCUCCUCAAGAAGGGUGCGUGCUACGGGGACGACGCGUGCUUCGUGGCCCGGCACCGCUCCGCGGACGUCCUGGGAGUUGCAGAUGGUGUAGGAGGAUGGAGAGACUAUGGAGUUGAUCCGUCUCAGUUCUCAGGGACUUUAAUGCGGACAUGUGAACGGUUAGUAAAAGAAGGACGGUUUGUUCCAAGUAAUCCCAUUGGAAUCCUCACCACAAGCUACUGUGAGUUGCUGCAGAAUAAAGUACCUUUGCUUGGUAGCAGUACUGCCUGCAUCGUGGUGCUGGACAGAACUAGCCACCGCUUACACACAGCAAACCUGGGCGAUUCAGGCUUUCUGGUUGUCAGGGGUGGCGAAGUUGUGCACCGAUCAGAUGAGCAGCAGCAUUACUUCAACACUCCAUUCCAGCUCUCAAUUGCACCACCAGAGGCCGAAGGAGUCGUCUUGAGUGACAGCCCGGAUGCUGCUGAUAGCACAUCUUUUGAUGUCCAGUUAGGAGAUAUUAUCCUGACAGCAACAGAUGGACUCUUUGACAACAUGCCUGAUUAUAUGAUCCUGCAGGAGCUAAAAAAGUUAAAGAAUUCAAAUUAUGAAAGUAUACAACAGACGGCAAGAAGCAUUGCUGAGCAAGCUCAUGAGCUGGCCUAUGACCCAAAUUAUAUGUCACCUUUUGCACAGUUUGCAUGUGACAACGGACUGAAUGUGAGAGGUGGAAAGCCAGAUGACAUCACCGUCCUUCUUUCCAUAGUGGCUGAGUAUACAGACUGA